AUGCCAGCAAAUACCACAGUUCCGCUCACUCGGGCGAGCAACGCUUGUGAAAGCUGCCGCCGUCGAAAAGUCAAGUGUUCUGGCAGUCAACCAUGUCUGACCUGCACGCGCCACGGUUUCGAGUGUAGAUUUGGCACCAUCGCUCGCCGCGGCUACUCGGAGGCCUACGUCCAAGACCUUGUCAAGACCAUUAAAGGUUUAGAAGAGAAACUUGAAGAAGUAUCGCGGAAACAAUCCAGCACCCCUUUUAUUGGGCCGUCCAUGAACCGUGAUGCAGUCGAGGGAGAUUCUGAGCCUGCCCGGGAAGCAGAGAUGCUGCUAAGUCCAGUUCUUACUGUUGUGUCUGGGCCUGCCUUUGAGUGCAGCGUGCGAACCAUGGUACGCGAUCACGUCGACAACCAAAACUCCCACAGUUCGCCGGCAACCACAAUAAUUACGUCUUCUGGCAAUGGUCCACCAAAGCAAAGCCAAUGGAACACCGCUGCCACUCUUGUACACGGAAGUCCCACGCCCGAGUUGAUAUCCCAGGGCCAAUCCCGUCAGCUUUUUGAGACGUUUCUAUCUUUGAUGGGAGUUAACCAACACUUUGUCGAUCCGAGAGCGUUUUCUGACUCUCUAGAUCUCCUAUAUCAUGAUGAAGCUACCCGGCUCAGGCAGAUGCAAACACUGUGGUAUACACAGUACCUAUUGGUUAUGGCAGUAGGUAUGCUCAUAGGAUCGCCGAGUGAGAGUCCAGCGUCCCCGCCAGGAACUUCGUUCUUUGCAGAAGCAAUCAAGAAUAUUCCGCCAACUUACGAACUUGGUUCACAUGGAGUGUUGGCGGUUGAGACGCUGUGUUUGGCUGGUCUCUACCUGCAGUGGUGUGAUCGUAAGCAUGAUGCCUAUGUUUAUGUUGGUUCUGCUCUGCGUCUAGCCAUGGCCCUGGGCUGUCAGCUUCCACAUGAUGAACAGCAGGGGCUCCGAUCGGAAGUCAAUCACCGAGUAAGGGUCUGGUGGACGGCCUACAUGCUUGAUCGUCGCCUAUCAACCGGUCUUGGCUUUCCUCCGGGCGUGGAUGGACGCCAAUUGCGGGCUGAGCUUCCUCACCCUUUUUCUGGAUAUCAACACCCUCUACCGAUGAUUAUAAACAUCAGAAUAGCACAAACGACAGACGAGAUCAUGGCAUCGUUCUAUGGAAACAUGACAAUCACUCAGACUGAGUUUGUGACAAGGAUUCAAGACACUCUUCACAAUCUUUACGAGAUAGGGCGUUCCAUACCUAGUUCGUUGGCCAUGGACUUCUGUAACAUGACGACCGCCACCACGAGGACAAGCGCAUCGCUGUAUUUGAUGUUAUUUCAGGCAAUCAUACUGUGUAUCAGACCAAUACUGCUACAACGGGUCAAGGAUAAAGUACAAUUAUCGAGCGACAGCCCUCCAACACGUGUGUCUCCAGUAAUCAAUCGUCUAUGCCUGACAUGUCAGGAUGCUGCCACUAAGAGCAUCCGAAUCCUCUCGACUCUCCGCGCAGAAAAGCGAAUCGCAUUAUUUGGUUAUUUCGAUCUCGAUGCUACAUUCUCGGCUGCAUUCAUAUUGACAAUGAUGGGCUUUGUACAAGGCCAAGACGGAGCGCCUCCAGAAGGCCUUAAGCAAGCUGCUGGAAUCUUGAGACACCUCUCCAGGGCUGGGAAUCAUGCAGCCCAGCGGCGACUGGACGAGCUGAAACAGUUUUAUGAACAGGUCUGGUCGCCAACAUCCGAUACGGACAGACAAUCAUGGCUGGAAGAAGGUGAUUCAAGCCUUGGAGGUUUACCUUUUACUGAGCGAGCUACACUGGAUGCAAGCGGUGAACGCGUGUUUGCAGUUCAAGAUGAGUACAUGACCACCUCGGCCUGGGUGCCGUGGCAGAUGGGUCCGGACCAGCAGGCGAAUCCUCUGGAUUUCAAUAUGCCUCAGAGCUUCGAGAUGGAUCUGAGCCAUGAGGCUACUGAUAUCUACUCUAGCUUCAACGAUCCGACGUUACCACUGACAGGCGUGGAUGACGUUGACUGGGCAGAGAUUGGCAAGAUCUUCAACUUGGGAGGUGACAGAUAA